GCCUGGCUGAUUCCGAUGGUAUCGCCCAUGGAUGUUUGAAAAGAACCUGAUGUAUAGAAGCCCAAGGCGGCCAGAAUCUGGACUUCGGGACUGAUGGCUCUGGACCUCUGUGUGGGUCUACACAGGCACUGCAACACAACAUACAACUCCACCAAAUACAGGAUAAAGUGUCUGGGGAAGCCAAAUUGUGCGAGGAGGAAUUCGUCAGAAACCAAGUCCAGGUUGAAGCGGUCCAGGGUCUUGUGGCCCCGACCAUGCAACAGCUCGUGUCAACAUGGAUAGUGACCUGAGCCUCCAGGAUAAAAAGGACUUGGACAAGUUCAUCAAGUUCUUUGCCUUGAAGACCGUUCAGGUGAUAGUCCAGGCUCGCCUUGGUGAGAAGAUCUGCACUCGCUCUUCGUCAUCUCCUACUGGUUCUGAUUGGUUUAACUUAGCAAUCAAAGACAUCCCAGAGGUGACUCAUGAAGCCAAGAAAGCACUGGCAGGUCAACUCCCAGGCGUAGGACACUCAAUGUGCGUGGAGAUCUCCCUCAAGACCUCAGAGGGGGACUCGAUGGAAUUAGAGACUUGGUGCCUGGAGAUGAAUGAAAAGUGUGAUAAAGACAUAAAAGUGUCAUACACCGUCUACAACCGACUGUCUGUCCUUCUGAAGUCUCUGCUGGCCAUCACCAGAGUAACACCUGCCUAUAAACUUUCCAGAAAACAGGGACAUGACUAUGUCAUAUUAUACAGGAUCUACUUUGGGGAAGUUCAGAUGAGCGGAUUUGGAGAAGGUUUCCAGACGGUGCGUGUUGGUGUUGUGGGCACACCUGUUGGUACCAUCACGCUUUCCUGUGCUUAUCGCACCAACCUGGCUUUUAUGUCCAACAGGCAGUUUGAGCGAUCUGCCCCUAUCAUGGGGAUCAUUGUGGACCACUUUGUGGAUCCUCCCUGUGGUGGCCAGCGAGCUGCAAACAUGGGUCAGCCUUGCAACUACAGACCACCAGAUGAUGAUGAUGAUGGAGUCCAGUUCUCCGGCGUCCAGGAUUCGCAGGAGGUCUGCACGACUUCCUUCUCCACUUCUCCUCCCUCUCAGUGUGUCUGUACACUGAGUCCUUCUCCUUCCAAGCUGUCUAAAGCGCUCCCUCUGGACAGUCCACAGAUCCCAUUGGUUCCUGGACUUGUCACUCACACUCUGUACGCCUCCAGGUUGUGCUACCAGCCUCCUGGAACUCCUGACCUUUGUCGCACUGCUGCCAAUUCAAACCAGACGUUGCAUGCCGGGAAGGAGGAUGGGGUGGUGUUGCAUCCAGCAAAGCCUCACCGUGGUGCGGAUGCCCACCUGACAGUAGAGACGAUCGGCAACACGACUGGGAGCAGCGGCGACGACGACAUCUUGUCCCAUACCGGCGAGGGAAGGAGGAGCGCUUCUCCCUCCGACCCGCUCCAGUCUCUUAACGCGUUCACAAGGAAAGUGGGAGCGUUUGUCAAUAAACCCAACGCACAGCUAACCGCCGCCAUGGACUUGCCGUUUGCCGCGUUUGCUCCCAGAGGUUUGGACUCUGAGGACAACGACCCGAUGGUGCACCCUCCAGACUCUCCCACCUGCAUGUCGCCCCUGCAGGCCAGCCUCCACUCGCAGGACUCCGAGGGCUCGGCGCAGCACGACGACUUCGUCAUGGUGGACUUUCGGCCGGCGUUCUCCAAGGACGACUUGUUGCCCAUGGACCUGGGAACUUUCUACCGGGAGUUCCAAAACCCUCCCCAGCUGGCCAGCCUCUCGCUGCACAUCAGCUCGCAGUCCAUGGCCGACGAUCUGGUAGGUUUCUCCUCGACGUCCUGCUGGACCCAACAUGAAGUUGUUGUUGUUUUCUCCACGCAGGACUCGCUGCCAGAGAAACUGGCCAUCUACGAGAAAAACAUCGAUGAGUUUGACGCUUUUGUGGAUAUGCUGCAGUAGAAGACGGCAACAAGACGUUGGAGUCGGAAACAUUCGACAGACUAAUUAACUUCAGUAACUGGCAAAGAAUGAUGUCAAGUGCGACGGUUAGUGACUGUAAAUAAUAGCAACACUGGUCCUGCUUCAAGUAUUCACUUUUAAACACUCAAAGCCAUUUCAACAUGAAGAGUCUGCUGGCAUGAACAAAAAAACUUGCACACAUGCAUUAUAUGCUGAGUCUAAAGUAAAAACACAAAUAGUUCUCAGCUGGUCUGAGGAUAUCGCUUGCAAACAGCCCAAGACUUAUUUGAAGUGUAUGUAAAGUCUUGUAAAUACACAGCCGCCCUAAAGGAAGUGUGUAGGUCGCUUUCCCCCUCAGUCCCACGCUUGUACACACAAAAACUGCUGUUUGUCGAGUCGUACGUCAAUAUUUUUACACUUCACAUAGCUGCCAAACAUUCAAUCAUUUGUAGGACUUUAAAACCAUUAAAUGUCAGUUCAUGUGAAGCUUGUCAUUAUUUAUUACAAAAGACACAAGGGUAGUUAUUUUCCAUAUAAUAAAUUAUUAGGGGGGGGGGGGGAUAUGUCACCUUUGUG